AUGACUUCUGGAUCCAGACCUGGUGUUCUUUAUGGACUACCCAAAGUUCAUAAACCUAAUAUCCCUUUAAGGCCUAUCAUUUCCUCGAUUGGCACUUUCAAUUACAACACCGCAAAAUUUCUUGUUCCCAUCAUCUCCCCUUUAACAUCCAAUCAAUAUACUAUUGAUAAUUCCACAUCCUUUGCUAAAGAAAUCACGUCUCUGAACUUCCAACAACCCGUCACUAUGGCGAGUUUUGAUGUCGAGUCGUUAUUCAUAAACGUGCCUCUACAAGAGACCACGGAGUUGAUAGCUAACAACCUGGACAUUACUUAUCUUGACAAAUAUGGUUUGGAUACGAUUACCUUCAAAAAGUUAUUGGAAAUCACAGCCCAUCAUUCAGUUUUUACGUUUAACGAUUGCCUAAAUACACAAACAGAUGGUGUAGCUAUGGGCUCUCCACUUGGCCCCUCCCAUGCUAAUGCUUUUCUAUGUCGCCAUGAGAGAAAAGCUGGCUAG